GAGCGAGAGAGCGGGGGAGAGGAGAGUGGUUGUGAAUGUCAAAACUGCGUUCUGCAUUCAAAAAUAGAACUGAAAGAAGAUAAGAAAAUUAACGAAAUCCUGCAAUUCGAGAGAGCACGGAUUAUGAUAGAUUACAUACAAAUAUUUAUGAUUGUAGAAAGUAUUAUCGGCAAAAGCCUAUCUUAAUGAACAUCCGCAAAAACGUUACGAUGGAAUCCGCUGUUCUAUUUUACAGCAAGGCAGCAUAGGACAGUAAUUAAGCGUUUGUGUUUUGGUAAUUUAAGCAAGGGAUACGGGCGAGGGGAGAAGAGAGGAGGGGGGCGAAAUUGUGUCCAUUCCCUUUUCCCUUGGGGAUAGUGAAGUCAUAGGAGAGAACCAACCAAGUAAUUCGAGAAGAGACGCGUCUUUGUCAUUUCGAUUCUAUCUCUAGUUUGUAAACUAUCAGUUUUCGAUCCAGUCACAGAGUUAGACAUCUCGUACUUUUCCUCGCCAGUUGUUUUUUCAUGAUUUAGUAUUUUCUCAACAAUUCUUGCAAUCCUCUUCUGGGCGAUUCCCUGCUGAAGGAUGCCGGAUCAAAUAUCGGUGUCCGAGUUUCUCUCGGAGACAACAGAGGAUUACAAUUCUCCUACCACGUCCAGCUUCACGACCCGCCUGCAGAGCUGUAGGAACACAGUCAACGUUCUGGAAGAGGCUUUGGAUCAGGACAGGACUGCGCUGCAGAAGGUGAAGAAAUCAGUCAAGGCCAUCUACAGCUCAGGCCAAGACCAUGUCCAGAAUGAGGAGAACUAUGCCCAGGCUCUGGAUAAGUUUGGCAGCAAUUUCAUCAGCAGAGACAACCCUGACCUGGGAACAGCCUUCGUCAAGUUCUCCACCCUGACCAAGGAGCUGUCGACCCUGCUCAAGAACCUGCUCCAGAGCCUGAGCCAUAAUGUGAUCUUCACCCUGGACUCGCUGUUGAAGGGGGACCUGAAAGGCGUGAAAGGGGACAUAAAGAAGCCCUUUGACAAAGCCUGGAAGGAUUAUGAAGCUAAAUUUACAAAGAUCGAGAAGGAAAAGAGGGAGCAUGCCAAGCAGCAUGGGAUGAUUCGCACGGAGAUAACAGGUGCGGAGAUCGCUGAGGAGAUGGAGAAGGAACGCCGUCUCUUCCAACUCCAGAUGUGUGAGUAUCUGAUCAAAGUCAAUGAGAUCAAAACCAAGAAGGGAGUGGACCUUCUCCAGAACCUCAUCAAGUAUUACCACGCACAGUGCAAUUUCUUCCAAGAUGGCUUGAAGACGGCGGAUAAGCUGAAGCAGUACAUUGAGAAGCUGGCUGCUGACCUCUACAAUAUAAAGCAGACCCAGGAUGAGGAGAAGAAACAUCUGACUGCUCUCAGAGAUCUGAUCAAGUCCUCCCUUCAGCUGGACCAGAAGGAGGACUCCCAGAGUAAGCAGGGUGGCUAUAGCAUGCACCAGCUGCAGGGCAACAAAGAGUUUGGCUGUGAGAAGAAAGGCUACCUGAUGAAGAAGAGUGAUGGGCUGAGGAAGGUGUGGCAGAGGAGGAAGUGUUCAGUGAAGGGUGGCAUGCUCACCAUCUCUCAUGCCACGUCCAACAGGCAGCCUGUGAAACUCAACCUGCUCACCUGCCAGGUCAAGCCCUGCGCUGAGGACAGGAAGUGCUUCGAUCUAAUUUCCCAUAACCGGACAUAUCACUUCCAGGCUGAGGAUGAACAGGAGUUUGUCAUCUGGAUCUCGGUGCUAUCCAACAGUAAGGAGGAGGCUCUGAACAUGGCAUUCCGUGGAGGAGAGGACGGAGGAGGAGGAGGAGGAGAGGACGGCCUCGAGGACCUGACCAAAGCCAUCAUAGAUGACGUGCUGCGCAUCCCUGGCAACGAAGUCUGCUGUGACUGUGGCGCUGCAGAUCCAAAAUGGCUGUCCACUAACCUAGGCAUCUUGACCUGCAUCGAGUGCUCUGGUAUCCACCGGGAGAUGGGAGUGCACAUCUCACGCAUCCAAUCCAUGGAGCUAGAUAAGCUAGGCACCUCUGAACUCUUGCUGGCCAAGAACGUAGGGAACAGUAGUUUCAAUGAAAUAAUGGAGGGGAACCUUCCCUGUCCCUCACCAAAGCCCACUUCUUCGAGUGAUAUGACAGUGAGGAAGGAGUUCAUCAAUGCUAAGUAUGUGGACCACAAGUUUGCACGGAAGACCUGUACCUCCUCGGCAGCUAAGACCAUCGAGCUGUGUGAGGCGGUCAAGUCCAGGGAUCUGCUGUCUCUCAUCCAGGUGUACGCUGAGGGGGUAGAGCUAAUGGAGCCCCUGCCUGAGGGUGGACAGGAGGCCGGAGAGACUGCACUCCACUACUCUGUGCGCACUGCUGACCAGACCUCACUGCACCUGGUCGACUUCCUCGUGCAGAACAGUGGGAACCUGGAUAAGCAGACAGAGUGGGGAAACACUGCCCUGCACUACUGCUGCAUGUACGAGAAACACGAAUGUCUCAAACUACUGCUGAGGGGCAAACCAGCCACUGACAUCACCAAUCAGAAUGGUGAGACGGCACUGGAUGUUGCCAGGCGACUGAAGAACAGUCAGUGUGAGGAGGCACUGUUGCAGGCUGCAGCGGGAAAGAUUUACCCUCACAUCCACGUGGAGUAUGAGUGGAGCCUGAGGCUGGAUGAGAUCGACGAGAGCGAUGACGAUCUGGACGACAAGCCUAGUCCCAUCAAGAAAGACCGCUCCCCCAGGCCGCAGAGUUUCUGCCACACGUCCAGCAUGUCUCCCCAUGACAAGCUGUCCCUGCCGGGCUUCAUCAGCCACCGGGACAAGCAGCAGCGCAUGUCUUACAGCGCCUUCACCAACCAGAUGUACUCCGCCUCCACCGACCUCACUUCCUCUUCCUCCCCUGUGGCCGACGGCCCCCCUCUGCCCCCCAGGAACCAGGGCAAAGCGCCCCAUUUGGCAUUCCUCGGCUCUCACUCGCACUACGCCACUCUGGCUGGCACUCGACCAUACAUCACUCCUCCCUCCACCCUCACCCCUGGAGGCAGCUCCACCCUGUCUAAGAAGAAGCCUCCGCCCCCUCCCCCUGGGCACAAACGCACCCUGUCUGACCCGCCCAGCCCGCUCUCCCACAGUAGAGGGGGCUUAUCCGGGGGAAGUGACUCCACCCCUCCUCCUGCGAACAAGAUGUCACCUUUAUCCAACAAGUUUGAGGGCAUUCCACAGCAGCAAAGCACUACUUCUAGCAACACAAAGUCUACACUUGGUCCAAGGGUUCUACCCAAACUACCUCAGAAAGUGGCACUGCGUAAGAUCGACACCAUACACCCAUCUAUGGACAAACCUGGCCUGCCUCCGGAGGUGCUCCAGAAAUCCCCUCCAGGACCUGAAUGCCUAACAAAAGCCAUCCUUCCCGACAAGCCCCAACUAGGGGACCUUCUCCCCAAACCCCAGCUCUCUGAACUGCCCCCUAAACCUGGAGAACUGCCCCCCAAGCCCCAGCUCGCCAACCUCCCUCCCAAACCCCAGUUAGGGGACCUACCGCCCAAACCCCAGCUCAAAGACCUACCCCCCAAGCCUCAGCUCUCCCAAGACGGCCAUCCGAAACCAGGGGCAGCAGAUCUGCCCAUUCCGAGACCACCCCCUGGAGAGCUUGCGCCGAAGCCCCAGCCCCCCGACUCACCGGUGGCUAAUCAACAGGCAGAGACGGAGAGCCCAUCCCCCCAGGGCAGCGAGGACACCAAUGGGAGCCCGGCGUGUGCUCCAGAGACACCAGUGCCCUUGCCCAGGAAGAUCAACACGGGGAAGACCAAAUCUCGGCGGGUGAAGACAAUCUAUGACUGCCAGGCUGACAACGAUGACGAGCUGACGUUUGUGGAGGGAGAGGUGAUCAUAGUGACAGGAGAGGAGGACGGGGAGUGGUGGAUCGGCCACAUUGAAGGGCAGACGGAAAGGAAAGGGGCGUUCCCAAUGUCCUUUGUCCACAUCCUAAGUGAAUGACAGCCAGAUGAGGCUUGCACUAUAAACCCCCGUCCUCACCCCUAGUAGUGUCCCUGUUCUGUAAAUAGCUACUGUAACAACAUAUGAAACCAGUGUACUAAAGAAAAAAACACAAGAAACCGAAGUAGGCUCAACUAGCCACUGGAUGCUGAGCACAUCCAUGUUGUAAAUAAAAUGAGUAUUCUUACCAGUAUUAUCUUAACCUUAGAGCACGGCCUAUGACUGCCAUAGCCAUUCUCAAAACCUAGCACUUACCCUAAAGUCUAUGUUCAUGCUGUUACUGUGUGUAUAUAUAUAUAUGUAUGUAUAUAUAUAUUUCUGUGUGUGUGUAUAUACAUGUUUUAUUGUACAAUCAUGUACAAUCAUACAUGUGCUCUCUGCCUGCCAGAUAUCAGGGCAGCCGUGUUUGAAUAUUCCCUGUAAUCAUUUUACUGGUGGUCAUCACUGAUAUCAUUGCUUGCAUUUCUGGAGAAGGACAAAUAUGAAAGAAACCAUGUCACUCGUCUCUCACCAUUUCGUCAUCCUACCUAGUCCCAACCUAGCAGACAUUAGACUGAAGAGAUUCUCAUGUCUCCAACUGAAACCUACCAUGAUAACUCAUGAUGAAAUAAGUAUUAAUUCAGUGUAUUCCUUGUCGUUGCUCGCUUUGUGGUGCACAUGUAUUGGGAUUGUUUCAGUAUCACACCUGCUGCUACUGUAUGGUGGGAUAUCAGAAGCCCCUGUGGAACCUCACAGGUCACCAGUAGUUCUCUCCGCUUAACACCGUUUCACUGUGUGACCAGUCAUCUCCACCCUACUAUGUAGACCUUUCUGUGCAUGGUAGAAACAUGACUGGAAUUGAGCAGUGCUAUUUAAAAAAGCCACUCAGGGUUUGAAGAACCACUUCUGAUCGCUACUAACACUCAUGAGUACAUGGGAAGGUCAAUGCGGUCAGUCUAAGCAAUAAUUGGGGAGAAAUCGCAGAUGGCCUAGGGAGAGAUUUGAACAAAUGCCCAUUGACACUUCAAACCCAUACAGGGUUAGGUCAAUCAGGAUUUAUACAUGGGACAAGAGUCACGAGUGCCACUGUUUAGACAAACUAAGAUGUAGCCGGUGUGGACAUUCAAAUUCAUCCAGAAAGAGGCAGUCGAGCAGAAAUAAAGUUUGCCUAGCCCAGUGUUAUCCUUAGAACGCUGAGUGCUUCUUGGACAGGUCAUUGCAACUAGAUGGAACUGAUAGAUGUGUCCUUCCCUCCCCAUUGACUAAUUCCUCUGGUUUACACUCCAUGUAACGGAAUUUCAACCCCAAUCAUUCCAUUGUAUUAAAGUGUUUUGUUGUAAUGGA